AUGAAGCUACUGGAGGCGGUCAAGGGUUCUAGAAUCAGAUUGACACUAAAGAAAGAUCUCGCUAAAUUCAAAGAACUUCUCGAUAUCAUCAAUCCACAUCGCCGAUGUUUUGGUGCUAGUAUAUCAAUAAAACGUUUCCACCUCGCCGAGCAUAAAUACACAGUACGGAUCUCCACUUGA